GCGGUGCGGAGCAGGACCUCCGACGAGGAGUGAACGAAAAGUGGACGGAGGAGUGAACCGGGUUGUGGUUUUAUGUUGUCUUACUCGUUUUUUUUGUCUGUUCCUGGUUUUGACGGAUUUUUACAGCUGCGGUUCUUUUGUCCACCUCCUCUGCACCGAGAGAGUAACCCUCCCACACUGACAGACUCAAACAUGGAGAUAGAGAAGGAAGUAAAGAAGAUGACCCUCGGACACGAGUUUGGCGCUGGGGCGGCCUGUCUGAAAUGCAAGGACAAGUGUGAAGGCUUCGAGCUGCACUUCUGGAGAAAAAUCUGCAGAAACUGUAAAUGUGGCCUCACAGAGCACAACGUGCAGAUGAACUCGGAGGAGAACAAGAAGGUGGGGAAGCUGUUCGAGGACACAAAGUACACCGGCCUCAUUGCCAAGCUGAAAAAGGACGGCCUCCCCAGCUACAAAGGCAACAUGGUGACCAUCACUCUGCCCAGUGCCUCCACUGCUUAUGCUGUACCGCCAAGUGCUUUUCCCACCAUUCUGCCCCCCUCUGCAGCAGCCGGGUCUGUACAGCCUGCCGGAGCUGCCGGAGCUGCCGGAGCUGCCGGAGCUGCCGGAGCUGCCGGAGCUGCUGGAGCUGCUGCACGUACAGCAGCCAGUGGUGCUCAGGCUCCCGCUCCAGGUCAGGCUCCAGGUCACGCUCAAGGUCAGGCACCAAUUAGGUCUGUACCAGUCGGCGUCACUGCUGUCAGGGCCAACAAAGUGCCGGUUUCUGUGAGUGCCACAUCAGCCAACGCUGUCCAAGUCCCCAAAGACGUGCCAAUGACAUCUGUCACCUACGAGUGGGCUCCUCCAGUGGCCAAUAAGUAUCUGGCGGUGCGUUACAUCCAGCUGCUUCCAGCAGAGAAACGUCCGGUGGCCGGCACAGAGGGAGCUGCCUAUCGCAGACAGCAAAUGGCCUGCCAGCUGCCCGAGCACGACCAGGACCCGUCCAAGUGCCACGAGCUGACCCCCGCGGAGGUCAAACUAAUGCAGCAGUUUGUCCGCAAGUACAAGGACGAGGCCCUUGGGGUGGCAGACGUCAUGCUGCCUGAAGAGAUGGCUCUGAUUCAGGCACAAGGACAGGGUGGGGCUGGAGGGGCAGGGGUUGGUGCAACUGUAGCGGGUGUUAGUGCCGGUGGUGGAGUUGGGGGGGCUGGCUAUAGACAGGGUGCUGGGGCUGGAGGGCCUGGUGUGGGGCCUAUGGCUGGGGCUGGGGUCGGUGCAGGUUUUGGACCUGGCGCUGGGGGUGCAGGGGCUACAGGGCCUGGUGUGGGGCCUAUGGCUGGGGCAGGGGUCGGUGCAGGUUUUGGACCUGGAGCUGGGGGUGCAGGGGCUACAGGGCCUGGUGUGGGGCCUAUGGCUGGGGCAGGGGACGGUUCAGGUUUUGGACCUGGAGCUGGGGGUAGCAGAGCUGGAGCUGGCUAUGGACCUGGAGCUGGAGCUGGCUAUGGACCUGGAGCUGGAGCUGGAGCUGGAGCUGGAGCUGGCGCUGGCGCUGGCUAUGGACCUGGAGCUGGACCUGGAGCUGGAGCUGGAGCUGGCUAUGGAGCUGGAGCUGGCUAUGGACCUGGACCUGGAGCUGGAGCUGGACCUGGCUAUGGACCUGGAGCUGGCUAUGGAGUUGGAGCUGGUGUUGGACCUGGAGCAGGACCUGGUGCUGGCGGUGCACUUUCAGACCCCAGUACUGGACUAUCUUUUGGAUUUGGACCAGCAGAAGGAGCUGUGGGUACCACUGCCACAGCUGGAGCAAUGGGGGUCCCUGGAACUCAGCAAGCUGGACUACCACAACAGGCCUUUUCCUGCCGUCAAUGCCAGCAGCCGAUGGGUCGGGGCGAGCCAGCUGUGUACGCUGAGCGAGCCGGCUACGACAAGCUGUGGCACCCAGCGUGCUUCGUCUGCUGUACCUGCAACGAGCUUCUAGUGGACAUGAUCUACUUCUGGAAAAAAGGCAAGCUGUACUGUGGACGCCACUACGGGGACAGCGAGAAGCCGCGCUGUGGAGGCUGUGAUGAGCUGAUCUUCAGUAAUGAGUACACUCAGGCAGAGGGACAGAACUGGCAUCUGAAGCACUUCUGCUGCUUUGACUGUGAUUGCAUCCUGGCUGGAGAGACGUACGUCAUGGAGAACGACAAGCCCGUCUGCAAGCCGUGCUACAUGAAGAACUACGCUGCGAAAUGCUCUUCCUGCCAGAAGGAAGUGGAGCCCGAGGCCCAGAGGGUUUCCUACGGCGAUCACCACUGGCACGCUGCGCCCGAAUGCUUCAAGUGCUCCGGCUGCUCCAAGUGCCUGACGGGCCAGCGCUUCAUGGCGGUGAAGGCCUUCCUCUUCUGCUCUGUGGAGUGCAAGAAGAAAAUCAUAACUUAGAGGGCCAAACAUCUUCUCCAACACAACCACUUGUAAAAACCAGAACAGACUGAACUCCAACUAGAACCAGAGCAGGGAAAUCAAACACUGGUGCAGAUGGAUGAGGGCAGAUGAUAUAAUAAUGUGGUUUUGUUAGCGAUACAGAGUGCCUGAUAUCUCGAAUGUAGCGAUGUAUAAUAAUAAUAAUAUUGAUAAUGAUGAGUCUAUUUGCUAUUUACAUUUCCAUUUGUCCUCUGCCUUAUUAUCAGCCGUCUGUCUUCAACAAGUACUUUUUGUUGCUUUUCUUGCACUGUAUGUUUUUCUACUGAUGAGAUUCUUUUUGUAUCGGUUGGAGAAAGAGAUCCACUAUUUAGUGUCUAUUAAUGUAAUUGGGGUCGUUUAACCACUUAAGAAUCGACACUUUCUUUCAUAUGUAUCGCUUCCAUCGUACAGGAGACUACUGAUCUUCACUCUCCUCGAUGCAGCAACGUGAUGAGCAAUAAUAGCCAGGUUUAGGGUUUGAUUUAGCUCCAGUGCACUGUGUCAGAUCCAACUCAAGUGAAAUAAUCGUACUUUUCCCUCACAUCAUUAUGCGACAGUAUUUCUGUGAUUUAAGGAAUUCAACAUGAUCACAGUGUUGAGAGGGUUGGAAUUAAAUUGACCAAACUACAAUUGCAGUGUUUUCUUUUAGCCUCAAGCAGCAACUUUUGGUUUCAAAUACUUCAAUGAAGUGAACAGUAGUGUUUUCAUUCAUAGAGUUUGGAACAAAACAAGUAUACAGUAUUUCAGUAUACACUCUGGUUAUCAGAGUAUGAGGUACAGCUGUAGAAACUAUUGCUGUCAGCGGUGUGAUGACGAGUGGUAUAAAGAUAAGUGGGUUUCUUAUGUAAUGUCUCCUCUGUAAGGUACGGAGCCCCUAAAGUCCAAAAAAAGUAAAAAAAAAAUAAAAAAAUAAAGGGGUGUCAAAUCAUUCAAAUUUUAAAUCUCAAUUAAUCGCUAAAAUUCAAAAGUUAAUUGUGAUUAAUCACGUUUUUAAUCACAUGUUUGACAUUUGAAUAUUUACAUUUAUAAAUAAAAAGUGUUAGGCUUUG